ACCGGCAGCAGCAGCAUGGCGAACCCGUACGCAAUGGGGCCGCUCUACCACAGCCCCGGCGUGCAGGGUUACUGUGCGCCGACGGACAACCUGUCCCUGGCCGGCCACUACACCGACAUGCGCAACUCGGCCGCUGCCGGCUGGUACGGUUCCACCGCCAGCGAUCCCCGCUUCGCGAUAUCCCGAUUGAUGGGGGGCUCGGCUGGCGGUACGAUGGGGCACGCGAUGUCCAACAUGGGCAGCCUGGCGGCGUGCAGUGUGUCCGACACCAAACCGAUGCAGUUUCCGCUCGCGCAACGACGAAAGCGGCGCGUCCUCUUCACGCAAGCGCAGGUUUACGAGCUUGAACGAAGAUUCAAACAACAGAAAUAUUUAUCAGCUCCGGAACGCGAGCACUUAGCAAGCUUAAUACAUCUCACACCGACCCAGGUUAAGAUCUGGUUCCAGAACCACCGGUACAAGUGCAAACGGCAGGCGAAGGAGAAAGCGAUGGCAGAGCAGAACCAGCACAAUCAGUCAGCCAGCUCACCACGACGUGUGGCCGUACCAGUACUAGUUAAAGAUGGCAAGCCGUGCUCCGGCGGCUCCAACUCGAACAACACGCACACCGGUGGUGGCGGUUCCGGCACGCCGACCAGUGGCACCGGAAGUGCUGGUAGCAGUGGCGGCGCUAGCAACGGCAGUGGCGCUAGCAACGGCAGCGGAGGGCCGGCCAGCUCCGGCAGCAUAGUGCUGCUGAACGACUCGAACACACACUCGCCGGAUACGGCCACCGCGGCGCUGCUGUCGUCGUACAACGGGGCCGCCCACCAGCACCAGAUGCUGCAGCAACCGUGCAAUAAUGCCCUCAUGUCCAACAGCCUGGCGAUGGCCUACCGGAACCAGAACAACUUCAUGGCCAACAGCCACCAGCAGCAGUGUGGCGGCUACCUGCCGCUGCAGACGCGAGCCUGGUAA